AUGGCUCAGGCGUUGGCACAACAGGCCUUCGAUGAGAUAAUCGAAGAGAUCGAGUCCAACAAUAGCGGUAAUAGCAAUGGUUUGUCCGACUUGUGUCAGACUCUGGAACCGAUUGUGAUUCGCGGCAACGGAAACAUCACUCUAUUUGGUCUCUCCAACGGCUUCACCGACUCAUUCCCAUCCACUCUAUUGGGAAGGGUUUCGCGCGAAGAGUUUGAGAGCACUGUUCACCGAAUCAAUGCAUUACUUCGGGCCCAACACUCGACAAAUGCCAAACUCCUGAUCCUCGGCUGUCUGUGCUGUUGCUGUUCGUUGGGAUGUUCUCUCUUGUGGCCAACACUCGCCCUCUCAAAGAGGACCAAAAACUCGUUGGAAAAGGUAUGCAAUCAUCCAAUCAUGUGA